AUAAGACGUGUACAUUCGUGUUAAAACAUUGAGUUUAAAAGAAGGAAAACACUUAUCUCAAUCAAUUUUUUAUUAAAAGAAAACGAUAAUUAACAAAACAGUGUUAUGUUAUGUUCAUGGAAACAACAGUUGAAUGAAAUAGAAAUACUUAUGAUCAAAGACUGAUCGUAAAACAGAGAUUAGUCUGUAUCUUAAAUAAUUAAUCUGGUAUCCCAAGAUAUUUUACUGUGGUGAGAUAAAGCUAUAAAAUAGGACGCAAGAUGGUUUUGUAAGCAAUCUUUUGAAUAUUCAUUUUAUUGCAGACUCGCUACACUACAAAAUAUUAUGAACAUAUAUAUUAUAGUAUACACUCUCGGAAUUACAUUUUAAUUUGUAAUGCAAGACAUUUAAAACCGAUAGAAAGUCAUGAAGAGAAUCGCACCUAUCCUAUUGAUAGUGUCUGCUUAUUGUAAGUUUGAUGGCGAUGUCCGGCCGACCUAUAUAGCACCAAAUGGUUUGACGUGUUAUCUGUGUUCAGCCGGGACAUAUUUUAUAAAAGACUGCUCUUUUGACCGUGAAUACGCAGUUUGCAGCUCUUGUCCCUCUGGAACAUUUUCCACUAUCUAUAACCGUGCUCUAUAUUGCCAACCAUGUUCAAACCGCUGCCCGAACACUAACUACGAAACCGAGAAUCAACCGGAAAUAAAAACGACCGAGUGCACCAGGACAUCGGAUAUUAAAUGUGAGUGUCGUUCCGGACUUUUUAGGGAAGAAGGAUAUCGUGGCAUGUGUAGAAGAUUUAAAGAGUGUCCAGUUGGUUAUGGUGUUUUAGCGAAAGGCACGGGUCACUCUGACACUGUUUGCAAGCGGUGUGAACCUGGUCACACAUUUUCUGAUACGACGUCGGCAAAAGAUCCAUGUCGAGUAUGUACCAAAUGUGAUGGUCGCUUUAUCGUACGGAAUGAGUGCACACCGGACCAUGACACCGUGUGUAUUCCAUUGAUGACAACAGCCACAAGUUUGCCUAUCCAACACGACGAUUUUGGGAAGUUAAGCCUCGGUCUCGGUUUCGGCAUAGGCAUCCCUGCAAUUUUGGUCCUUGUCAUUUUUGGCGCUUACUUGAUAGCUAGACGAGGGAACAAACGAAAUAAACGAAACGCAAAUAACUCAUUCAGCCCUGAUGACAUUGAACAACCGCGCGAAAAUAAUACACUCAUCCCGAAUGGCAAAGCACAAUGCCGCGCAGGGAUGAAUUUCGUCCCAAAUGGCGUUCACCAACCGAGCAUUGAGCCAGUGUAUGUCGAGCUCAGCAGUUGCAUUCCACCUGGUGAAUUUAAGAUGUUCUUCCGCAAUAUUAGAAUUGCCGAAGACACUAUAACUCGUGUCACAAUCGAAAACCCAUUUAAAAUCAAAGAACAGUGUUACCAGUUGUUAAUGGAGUGGGGACGUCUGAAGCGAAGGGACGUUGAAUUGUCGGACGUUGAGUGGUCUAUGGAGCUGUGUCGACUUCUUAAAAGUGAUAUUGAUGCGUCAGAAGAUUUGCCGAAUGAAACAAAACAAAACCUGUUUGACGUUCUAGACAGGCGCUCAGAUGGCUUUGGGCAACAAUUACCGAGAAAUGGAGGAACUGAUCAUUGAUGUUGUUAACUGUCGAUAUGCCGGAUAAUUGUUGUUGUUGUGUGUUAUGACCUGUUGAAAUCUCGCGUAAACAGUGCUUGGUGGUGUAUGUGUAAGGCACAAGUCUCAGUUCACGGUAUAAGAAUACUAAUUAUAACAUGGUACUGUGGGCGUAUUAAUGAAAUUCAUCGUCUCUUAAUUCAUGCUAGAGGUAUUUAAUUUGUCUAUACGUAUAUAUCAGUAUUUUUCUUUAAAUGUGAAAAUUUCUUAAACACAAUGGUGUUUUGCGCGUACGAGUAAAGAUUUAGUGAGCAAAGCACAAACGCGUUUAAUGUACAUACAUUAUUCUUAAAACUUGAAAGAUAGAGAUUUUAGAAACCAAUCUAUUUUGAGAGAUGAAUAAAUGGAUAAACUUAUUGAAGUCUGUACUCACAAACUCGCUCUUCAGUGCAGUUUCUUUCCCGCUGACGCAAGUGAAUGUUCUAUUUGUAAUAUAAGAUUUUAAACUAUGUUAGAACAAGAAAACAAUCUUCAGAAUUUGCUUCCAAUUUUGAUUAACUGACCAUCACAUUUUUUAAAUAAAAAAUAAUGUAAUUAUAAGUUGUAGAUUGUAUAAUAGGCUGAAUAAUAAAUCAUUAUAUUUUUCAGAACAUACUAUUUUCACAACAAAUGUGAAUUUAUUCAUUCUUUGGUCUGAGAAUAUUUGAAAAACAAACAGGGCGAAACAUUUGUUGCAGAUGAUGUUUACAUAUUGGGAAUGUUAAUAUUUAAAUUUGCAUAUAAUCAGCUCGAAGAUUCUAAAAGUGCAUUAAACACAAGCAAUGCAUUUAUAAAAUCUAUCUUUGUUGUUAACCAGAUGCUUUUAAAACCAUCGUCAAUUAAAAGCUACAUAAUUAUACAAACAUGAAUGUAUAAAACUAACGAUAAAGCUUAAUAAAAAGGGAAAUAUGAUCAGUUGCUCAUAUUUCAUAUUGCCGGUAUGUGAUUUAAAACGCGGAAUUACCCUAUGCGGUACAAGUUUACAUAAAAUAUUGUUGUAUGUUCAUUAAAAACACUUAUUUUGUUGUAUACCGGUCAUUUGUACGUUAGUUUGAAAUGAUUAAUUGUUAAAACGACAGUAUGUGGGGCGUUUUAUUUAUAUAUUUAUAUUUUUGUUAAUGCCUACAUGAGCUAUAUAGUACAAAUAGCGUUGAUUACUUUGCACUAUGAAUUAUGUGUGCAUGAUUCAUUGUGAUUAUUUAUUAUUGAGUAUAAAUGAUAAUUAUAAUAUUGCGUGUCGUAUAUUUAAAAUUACGUGCAAUGUGGUGCUUUUUUCAUUUUUUUCCACAAGAAGCCUGGCUUUCACAUCCAUAAUGUUUCUGUACCAUAAAGUAGUAGUAUGGAACCCGGUGAACCAUGAUUUGUUCGAAUAAUAAAUUAUUCAAAUGAUAAAUUGUUAUGCCGAUAUAAAUGUAACGUUUUAUUUAUAUAUUGUUUAUGUAUAUUGUUGUUAAGACCUACAUGAACUAUAUAGUACAAAUAGCGUUAAUUACUGUUCAAUAUGAAUUAUUUGUUCAGUAUGUAUUGUGCCUACGUGAGCUUUAUAGCACAAAUAGCGUUUAUUACUAUUCACUGUGAAUUAUUUGUUCAGUAUUCCUUGUGCCUACAUGAGCUAUAUAGUACAAAUAGCGUUUAUUACUAUUCAAUGUGGAUUAUUUGUUCAGUAUUCCUUGUGCCUACAUGAGCUAUAUAGUACAAAUAGCGUUUAUUACUAUUCAAUGUGAAUGAUUUGUUCAUUGUGAUCAUUGAUUAACUAAGGAUAAAUUAUAAUUUUAAUAUUGCAUGUCGUAUAUUUCAAAUUAGGUGCAAUGUGGUGCUCUUUUUAUUUUAUUUCACGAAAAGCAUUGCUUUCACAUACAUAAUGUUUCUGUACCAUAUAUUAGCAGUAUGGAACCCCCCGGUGAACCAUGAUUUGUUCGAAUAAUAAAUUCGUUUGAUAAAGUUGCGAAA